GCAGAGGAGAAGGAACAGGAAGCUGAGAAGAGCACAGCAGCUGAAAACAGCACCUCCAAGCCCACGGUCAGCCCCCCAGAACAAGCCAAGGACGAUGAGGCCUCCAGCAUUUUUGAUGAACUCAUCGAGAAAGUGAAGAACAACGACGCUGAGGUCACGGAAGUGAAUGUGAACAACUCGGACUGCAUCAACAACGAGACCCUGGUGCGCUUCACCGAGGCCCUGGAGUUCAACACCGUGGUCAAAGUGUUCGCGCUGGCCAACACCCGCGCUGACGACCACGUGGCCUUUGCCAUUGCCAUCAUGCUGAAGGCCAACAAGGUGUUGACGAGCAUCAACCUGGACUCGAACCACAUCACCGGCAAGGGCAUCCUGGCCAUUUUCCGGGCCCUGCUGCAGAACAACACCCUGACCGAGCUGCGUUUCCACAACCAGCGGCACAUCUGUGGGGGGAAGACGGAGAUGGAGAUCGCCAAGCUCCUGAAGGAGAACACUACCCUCCUGAAGCUGGGCUAUCAUUUUGAGCUGGCUGGGCCUCGCAUGACGGUCACCAACCUGCUAAGCCGAAAUAUGGACAAACAGAGGCAGAAACGCCUCCAGGAGCAGAAACUGGCCCAGGAACGUGCAGAGAAGAAAGACCUCCUGGAGGUGCCCAAGCCUGGAGCCCUGCCAAAGGGAUCCCCCAAGGCUUCCCCACAGCCAUCCCCCAAGGCGUCCCCGAAAAUCCCUGCAAAGAAAGGGGCUGCACCUGCUGCGCCGCCCCCGCCGCCUCCUCCGCUCGCCCCGCCACUCAUCAAUGAGAACCUGAGGAACUCGCUGUCACCGGCCACACAGAGGAAGUUGGCAGAUCGGGCACUGCCAGUGCAGGAGAAGAACUCACGAGACCAGCUCCUGGCGGCCAUCCGCUCCAGCAACCUCAAACAGCUCAAGAAGGUGGAGGUACCAAAGCUGCUGCAGUAGGGAGUGGAGGCUCUCCCACGCGCAGCCGCUGUAGCAGACCCCAGGACACUCACCUUUCUCGUGACUGUUUCCAUGACAAGCCCUUUGGGAGCCUGCAGUGACCGAUGCCGAGGAGCAGUGAUCUCUCUGGGACCGACGGAGGAGGAGAGCGGGCCCGAGGAGGGCCGAGCCAGCACAGUCAUUCGACGCAGUGUGUGAGGAAGAUCUUGUAUUUAUUAUUUCUAGGUUUGUGAAGCCCUAAAGCUCUUUUGCCAGCACCGUGCCCCGAUCCAUCUGGCCACCCGGACAUGCUGAGGGU